AUGGAGAAAGCAGCGGUGCAAGAAGACGGGCUCCUCAUCCCGCUCAUCGACUUCUCCAAAUUCCUCAAUGGCUCUCCCACCCAAAAGGUUGAAACGGCCAAAGCCAUCCUAACCGGCUUCCAAACCGCCGGGUUCAUCUACCUCUCCAACCUCCCCAUCCCCUCCUCCACCAUAACCGACGCCUUCCGCCGCUCCGCCCAGUUCUUCCGCCUCCCCGCUACCACCAAGGAGUCCCUCGCCUGGUCCACCCCCGAAGCCAACCGCGGCUACUCCUCCCCGGGCCGCGAAAAAGUCACCAACCUGACCACCACCGCCGACGUCUCCGCCCUGCGCACCUCCAUCCCCGACAUCAAAGAAUCCCUCGAGAUCGGCCGGGACGACGAGCCCGGCCACCCCAACCACUGGCCAUCCGAAGAAGAAGCAGAAGCAGACAACGAACUCGCCGGCUUCAGACAAGCCAUGACCUCCUUCUUCGCCGACCUCGCCGGCCUGCACCAGUCCGUGAUGCGCGCCAUCGCCGUCGGCAUGAAUCUCCCCUCCGAAACCCACUUCGACCGCUUCGUCGACGACCGCGACAACACCCUGCGCCUGCUGCACUACCCGGCCGUGCGGCGCGACGUGUUCGCCAUCAACCCGGGCCAGGUGCGCGCCGGCGAGCACACGGAUUACGGCUCCAUCACCCUGCUGUUUCAGGAUCAGAGGGGUGGUCUGCAGGUGCAGAGCCCGAGCGGUGCGUUUGUGGAUGCCACGCCGAUUGAGGGGACUUGCGUGGUGAACGCGGGGGAUUUGUUGGCGAGGUGGAGUAAUGAUACCAUUCGGAGUACGGUGCAUCGGGUGGUGGAGCCGCCGAGGAGGGAGGGUGGUGAGGAGGAGGCGGGGGAGACGUACCCGGCGAGGUAUAGCAUUGCGUACUUCUGCAACCCCAACUUCAAGGACUUUAUCGAGGCUAUCCCGGGUACGUAUACGACCGAGGCGGACAAGAAGUAUGAAGGUAUCUACAGCGGGGAGUACCUGGUCCAGAGGUUGAAGGCGACUUAUGCAUGA